AUGUCAUUCACAAACGCGCCGGUAACGCGCACAUUGGUGGUGGGAUUUGUUGGCGCAUCGAUAGCAGCCAGCCUUCUCGACAUAAAACACUAUUUCUAUAUCUCCAUCGGCACCCAUAUUCUACAAUAUCACCAGUUAUGGCGGGUCCUGGCGUACCAGCUAUGCUAUCUCAACUCAUCCGAGGUCCUGUUUGGGGCAAUGGCUCUAUACAAUAUGAGAACUAUUGAGCAGCGGUGGGGCUCAAGAAAAUAUGCCUCAUUCAUCCUCGUCACCGCACUCUUCACCUCGAUCGUGCCACCGCUUAUACUGACGGCAUUCCUCAGGCCACUGAGUUUUGGCGUGCUAGAUUUCCUACCUGCCGGCCCAACACCGAUCAUAUUUGCGAUUCUGGCUCAAUACCAUGCCAUGAUCCCACACAUGUACAAGUACAAGGUGGCGCUGGCUACGGGGCCACCAACUGGCCAGGACUCGGCAGCGCUGACCUUCUCAGACAAGUCAACCAAAUACAUGAUGGCAGGGCAGCUGGCCAUGUCCCAGUUCCCGGGCUCCCUUCUUGGUGCCGUGGUGGGCUGGCUCGUUGGAUACGCCUGGCGCAAUGAGGCCCUACCUGGGGUUUUGACUCGCUGGCGGGUUCCUGGUUGGGUUGUUGGUAUGAGAGGUCAGAAGACCAAUGCCGAGUUUGAGAAUAUGAGAAGGCGGCUGGAAAGUGAAGGGGCCUCAACUGGCACAGCUUCUGGUAUCCAGCAACAACAAGCUGGCCCAACUGAAGGCAACAACAGACGGAGGACGAUGGGCCAGCAGCUCAUCGACGAAGUUCGCGGUGCAUUUUAA